UCAAGUGUCACAGGGGACCAAGUUACAGGGUGAAUCAAAUUCUAUAUUUAGGAAGAACAACUGGAAGCUAUGACAGGAAUUCCCUUUUACACUUCGCUUCUCAGCUGAGUCCCACUCCAGCCUGGAGCAGCUCUCAGUGCCGUCCGGCUGAAAGCAUCGGAGCUAUUUCAGACACAUUAAAAGGAUCACAGUCAAUACCUCAGCUGGUAGAAGAAGGUACCUCUUUCAGCAUCAAAAGGAGGUGCACAGACUCACUUGACGGUUUGGAGCUUUUCUUAUAUAAGUAAAUAAGGAUAAGCCUCUGUCUUAAAAAUGUCAAAACAGCCAGCGUCACAUGUCAAAGCCAUUCAGGCUAAUAUUAACAUCCCAAUGGGAGCAUUUCGACCUGGUGCAGGCCACCCUCAUAAAAGAAAAGAACUUACACCUGAAGAAGUGGAGGAGAGUGUUCCUGCUUCGACAGAGGAGGAGAAAGACAAGAAACAUCUCCCAGGAGCUAAGAAACUUCCAGGUCCUCCUGUCAACUUGUCAGAGAUUCAGAACAUAAAGAGUGAGCUGAAAUAUGUCCCCAAAGCUGAACAGUAGCUGGAACAACAGGUAUGACAAGAGAAACCGAACAGAUUCCAAUGAAUGGAGAUAAUUUGAAAUAUUUUAUAUAUUUGUAUGAAGACUAUGAACUUCCUAACUCUGCAAUAGCCCAUAGGAAGCAUCUUUGUACAUUUAUAUCAACAUUUUCUUGUUGUCCAUUUUGCUUAACAUAAGAAAGUACUGCUGCAAUAAAACAGAACACAGCAACUAGUGAUGAAUGUGUGUAUAUUCAGAAAUUAUUUUGACCGGAGAACAAGGUAUAGGGUAAUUUGAAGUUUGAGCAAAAGUAGAAUAAAUAAUUUAAAAAAAUUUAAAAUCAUUAUUUGGAAUUAAUUUGGUUUCUUUCCUUUUGAAAAAAAAAUCAAUAUGGACAAAAGAGUUUUAAAAUUAUUUGACAAAAUGUAGAAUAAACGAGGAAUGUAAUGUCUAAUUUCCUGCUGUGUAUUCCUGGUUACAGAACAGGAAUCAUGUAUCAUGUGUAAUAAAGGAAAUGAAAAUAUUAAAAAGGAUGGUGUUUCUGAUCAGUUUAGUUAAAUUCUUCUUUUGUUGUAGAGCCAAAGUAUUUCUUUUUCUUGAGAAUGUAAAAUGCACUGGUGUUCUGAUAUUUAUGCAUCACCUUUGCUUGAUACAAUGAAAAUACAAGAUGUGUGCUAGCUGACAGAAAACCUGCAACCUUUAUUCAAAUAAACAGGUCAACCAGCCUUGAUGGAACACGCUUCUGAGUAAAGGUUGAAGGAUCACUGCCUUCAAAAGCCCCAGUAAAAAGGGGAUGUUGAAAUGCUGAUGCUGAGUAAAAAUCAUGUAUGAUCACACCAACUCUCACGUACAAUGAUUAAGCCCUGACACUUGUUUUGUAUUGUUUGUACAUAAAUAAAGACUAUUCAAUGCAUAUUCUAUUUUUGGAAAUGAGAUCUUAUUGUUAGAGAAAUUUAAUACACUGUGUCUCUUUGGUCUCUCUUGUGUUAUUUACUGUGAAGGGAUAAGAGGAGCUAUUUUGUAAUAACUUUCUUCUACUGUUGAUUGCAAACUAUUCUACGUGUUCUGAAACUCUUUGCCUGGCUCUUGUUUAUUCAAUUAAAAUAAAGAUAAUUAUUCUGGGUAGAAAA